AUGGGUAAUUCAUUUUCAUUUGAACCAUAUGGUGAAUAUGAUGUUGAAAAUGUUGAAGGUAAUGAAAAUAAUGUAAAUGUAAAAAGUAAAAUUAAUUUAUCAUCAGAUCUAUUUAAAGAAGAAGAGGAAGAAAGAAAGAAAUAUCUUUUAAGUAUUAAAGAAUUAGAAAAUAAAUUUAAAUUAUCAGCACAAGAAUCAAGAAAAUUAAAAUCUCAUAAAUCUGCAAUCUUAAUUCAAAAAGUUUGGAGGGGUCAUUCUCAAAGAAAAAAAUGGUCAUUAUUUUUGAAAAAAUCACAAGUUAUUAAAGAAUUAUUAAUAACAGAAAGAGAUUAUGUUCAAUUUUUAAAAGUUAUUGUGAAUGUUUAUAUGGUACCAUUAAAAGAAUUAGUUAGUGGUAAAGAUAGUACAAUAUCAUCAGCAACCAAUCAAAAGAUAUUAAAGAAUAUAAAGAACGAUGGUGGACAAAAUUUAGGAUUAAAUUUAGAGCAACCACCAUUGACUAGUGAGGAAAUUAAGAUUGUAUUCUCACAAAUCGAGGUGAUAUUAUUGUAUAAUUCAAAAUUAUUAGAGAAACUUUCCACUCGGAUUACAAAUGAUCGUUGGAAUUAUUAUCAAAAGAUUGGUGAUGUAUUUUUAGAGUUUACCCAUUUCUUAAAGGUACCAUAUAGUCAUUAUAUUACCAAUUUCCCAUCAGUAUUAAAAGUUUUGGAGAGUGCAUCAAAAAGACCAUCAUAUGUAUUAUUCAUACAAGAGUGUAAACAUUUGCCUGAAGUUGGUAAAAGGGAUUUACAAUCAUUCGUUAGUAUGCCAGUUCAACGUUGUCCAAGAUAUGUAUUAUUGUUGAGGGAGUUAUUAAAAUUUACGCCCUCAUCAGAUCACGAUUUUAAAAAUAUAGUAUCAGCAUUACAAGGUAUGGAAACAAUUGCAGAUCUAAUCAAUAGACAAAUGAAAGAGGAGGAAAUCUCUAGAGAAAUCAUUGCAAUCAAUGAAAAGUUAACACCAAAAGUAAAGAAUCUAAUUGAACCUCAUAGACGUUUAAUUAAAGAGGGUGAUGUUAAAAUUUAUAAAGCAGACGGUAAUGACCAUGAUACUUUCACUGGUACAAUUCGUCCCUCUUCAAUUUGGAAAAUUCAAAGUCCACGUUUCAGAUAUAUCUAUCUCUUUAAUGAUAGUUUUAUAGUUUCAAAAAAAACUAAAACACUCUAUAAAGUUGAACAAUUUGUAAAUUUAGAAUAUAGUACUGUAAUAGAUCAUUCAAAAUCAAUUAAAAUAGUUGAAACUAUACCUUCAGAUGAUCAAUUAAAUAAAUAUAAUGUAGAUAAUAAUAGUUGUAAUAAUUUAGAAAAUUCUUGUAAUAAUAGUGUAUUAAAUGAUUCAAAUAAUAAUAAUAAUAAUAAUAAUAAUAAUAAUAAUAAUAAUAAUAAUAAUAAUAAUAAUAAUAAUAAUAAUAAUAAUAAUAAUAAUAAUAAUAAUAAUAAUAGUGUAUCAGAUUUAAAUAAUGUGAAUAGUAAUAAUAUAAAUAAUGCGAAUAAUAAUGUAAAUAAUCCAAAUAGUAAUAAUAAUAAUAAUAUAAAUAAUACGAAUAAUAAUAAUAAUGGUACUACGAAUAGAAAGAUGAGUUUUUCAAGUUUUAUUGAAAAUAGUAUAAAAAGUGGUAGAGAAAGUUUUAGAAGUAGUAAUAGUAGUGAUGGUGAUAGGUAUUAUUUUAAAUUACACACUUUGGACUGUACAUUAGUGAUUUGUUUACCAAAUGAAGAAGAGAAAGAACAAUGGAGGAGCGCAUUUGUAAAUGUAAUUAAUCGAGUCACAGAGAAUGUAUUAAGUUUUAAUCCAAAAUGGUCAACUAAUCCUGGUUUAGUUGAUAGUAGUGGUGGUGGUAGUAGCAAUAGUUAUGGAAGUGGAAGUGCUGAUGGCUCAUAUGCAACAAACUUAAAUAUUGCUUCUUUCACAUCACCUUCUUUGAGUAGAAUGUCACCUUAUCAUAGUAAAUUAUCUUCACCAAUGCGUGGAACACUUUUAACAAAUGAUAAUUUCUCUUUGAAACAAUCAAUCCAAGAACUUUUAUCUUUAUCAAAACCAAUUAAAGGAAUGGAAGGUAGUUCAACUAUUUCUUCAAACUAUUCCUCUUCCUCCUCAAAUUCAACUAUGUCAUCAUCAAUUUCAAAUUCCUCAACAAUGAUUGAUGAAAAUCCAAUAUCAAAAAAAGAAGAUUCAAUUACCAAAUAA